AUGAAUAACUUGGUUGUCUUAUUAUUGACGUUGUAUGGCGUAUGUGAUGUAUUGGCUGGUAGGCGUUACAUUGCUAUUCCUAUUGAUGGUAUCGAUGUAUUAGAAUUGAAUCCUAUAUCAGCAUCGGUUCCAAGAAUUGCUCGUCAAGCAGAGCCUGCUGCUUACGUACCAAUAACAAUGCCAAAUCUUCAUCACGAGGAGUAUGACAAUCCACCCCAACGAGCUGAGAGAUCUAUCGGUCAUAUUCUUGAUUAUGUGGAUUAUGGAGGACAUACUGGUUCUAAUGGUGCCUUUGGCUGGUACGCCGAUUAUCCAGCACAUCAUUGAUAACAUCGUUCACAAUGUCAACCUCAAACAUUCAAUUGAGUCAUCAAAAUUAUUCCAUUAAUCCUUUUUUCGAAUCAUAAAAUUUCACAAUCUCGCGACGACAUUAAUUUAUUAAUCAAUAAUCGCGCGGUUAUAUGAAUAACUUUUUAUUCUUAUUAAUUAAAAUGUGUUCAAUUUUGAUUAUUAUCGUAUAUUUAAGUAUCUUAUGUAUAAUUCGAUUAUUCUUUAAUCUAACGUUAAUAAAGACAAGAUCGAUUAGAUUUAAUUUUUUUUUUCUUUUUUUUUUCAUUUUAAUAUACAGUAUAUGUAGUUCCUUUUCAUUUACGCAAGGUAAUUGGUUCCACGACAAACUGCGAGUAAAUGGAACUAAGAAAAACUUGUUUCUAAUAAAUAUCCGUUUCACAUUCUCAAAUAUGUAUUUAAAUCUUACUGGAAUAGAAAAAUUUAAUUUAAACGAUUGCGAAAUAAAAAUUAAACCGAGAAAUUUCAGAAUUUGUUUGUGUUUUCGCAUAACGCAUCGCGGUAACAUCGAGGUUCUUUUAACUCGAGCAUCUGUCUAAAUGAAUCCACGUAAAUGUGUGUUUGUUUGUAUGUGCGUGUGUGUUUUUUUUUUAAUAAUUUUCAUUACGUAUUUACACGUUU